CAGCUCCAUAAUGAAGGACUUGUAUUCAACAAGGAAACUGUGCAGCACCUGGAAGAUGCUAUCAAAGCCAUUAAGGAGUUGGAAGAGGAAAGAAAGUGUACAAUAGAAUUAUUAGAAGAGGAAACAAUAAAAAACUGUAAUCUCCGUGUCAGAAUCAAAGGGCUUCCAGAGAUUGUUAUGAAAGAGUUCGAAGAACUCGUGGCUGCUGCCCAUCGAUUUCGUUUUGAUAAGUUAAGUGAAAUAGAAGUUUCCAUUAAUGAGAGCAUCACAGCAAUAGAAGCAACGUAUUCAAAGCAAGAGCUCUCGGAAGAGCAAAAUACCACUUUGUGUGAGGAGCAAGCAGAAUUGUGGAUCAAACACCAAGAAGUUAUUGAACUAGUAAAUCAGCAGAUGGCUGAAAAACAUGCUGUCAAUAUCGAGAUAAACGAACUUCACAAUCUGAAGAAACAAGAAGAAGAAGAAAUUGUCAUGGAGAAGAAUGCGAUUGAAGAGCUGAAGAUAAUUAUGGCUCAUGAGGCCACUGAAUUUAGAGAAAAGAAAGACACGUUGGAUGCACAGAUUGCAGAUCUUCAGCGCAAACUUGAAGCCAAGAGGCGUGAAAAUUCAGCAAAGAAGGACGAAUAUCUUGAACUGGCUUCAGACUUGAAAGAUCUUCAGGAGAAAAUUGAAGAUUAUACUAAGAGCAAUAUGGCUCUAAGGGAUGAGCUAGCAGAGCUUCUUAAGCAGAUAAGAAAACAAAUAAACGAAUUUGAAGAAAAGAAGGCCAGGAAAGAAGAACUCCUCAAAAAAAAGGCAGAUCUUCAAACUAGACUAACGACCAAAGAAGGAGGCUUUGAUGAAGAAAGGGAAGAGCUGCUGCGUCAGUUGAAGGAUAUAGAGGAGAAGCUGGAAGUGGCCCGGCAGUGCUAUGAAAAACUUAAAAAAGAAAAUGAUCUCCUGAGCACCCAGUUACAAGCAUUUCUUGAUGAGGAGGAACGUUCCUGUGGAGAAAGAGACAGGCUUGCGGAAGAAUUUGAACAUUUAUCCAAUAUGCUCACUGAAAAGCUUGACCACCUAGCAAAGCGCUUAGUGGAGACAAAAACUAUAGAAGACGAGCUUGACAGAUUGCAGGAAAUACUUGAUGUCUCGCAGAAUACCUACACAAGAGAACUUUCACAUUUAGAGGACACAUUAAAGAAAGAAAAUGACAGAAGGGAAAUGCUUCAGGAUCAGCUUGCUAACAUUACAGCACAAUAUCAGAAAAUGAUUGCAGAUCACAAUGAGUUACUGGAGACUUCAAAGCAAAAGAGUGAUGCUUAUAAAAAGCGGCUUAGUGAAUUAACAGCACAGAAUGAACAGCUCAAGAAAGAAAUAAAAGCAUCUGAAGAAAUCCUUAAGGCCCUCCUUGACAAACUGCAUAAAAAAGAAGCUCAAUAUAAGAAACGUGAUGCUAGCUUGUUGGCAGAAAUCAAGAAGCUUGAGGAAGAAUAUAAUGCUACCAAAAUACUUCUACAAGAAAAGGAAGAAGAAUUGAAAGUUAAUCUCCCACUAUCGCAGGAACUGAAGAUAGAAUUAGAGGAAACAACCACCUCAUAUAAUAACCAAAAUGAGUUGUGUGCAGAAUUACUAGAAGAAGAACGCAUGCUGAAAAAAUCCAUUGACCGGUCAUUAAAGGAGAUCAGCAAGCUCAAUAGGCAGAAGACGAAUGCCAAGAAUGAACUCAAGAAGAACAGGGAGUUGGCAUUUGACCAGCUGCAAAGGUUUGGUCACUCUUUGAAGUUUUUAGAGAGAGACAACUACGAGGUGAACAGAAAGCUCUAUGUUUUGAAUGCAGAAAACGCCAGAUUAAGAGCAGGCAUUGCCUUUCUCAAAGAAGAUGUUUCCACAAUUGAAUACGAGGCGAAAGUCUAUCAGUCAGAGAGACAACAAAUUCAUAAAGAUAGGAAAGCCCUUUAUGAUCUUUUCAUCAAGAAAUGGAUCAGGGAUGAACACCUUCAAAAGAUGUUCCUGAAGCAUCAACAUGACGUCAUGAAUCUUCUGGAAGAACAUAUCAGACGAAGCACAAAAAUAAACAACAAGGCUGACUAUGUCCAUGAUGGGUUACAGCUGAACUAUGAGGAAAUGGAUUCUUUGUUGAAAAGCAAAUCCACGCAGAGCUGUGACAAAGAAUGAAAAGACUGCAGGGAAGAUGAAAGGAAGUUAGAAUACUUGAGCUUUAUUCUACUACACAUCCUUACACAUGUG